AUGGCGGCCUACGCGGACGUUAAGAAAACCGCCGAGCCCAUCAGCAACGACAGCAGAGAUGCCGCGGACUCGUCGCUGAAUGGCUCCGAUCCUCCAUUACCAGAGCCAGAACCAGAAUCAAAAGGCUCUGGUUAUCAGAAUGGAGAGCACGAAUUCGAUACCGGACUCAUGGCCUGGCUCCAGGUGUUGGGCUCCCAUUUCCUCUUCUUCAAUUCAUGGGGAGUCAUCAACACGUUUGGUGUUUUUCAAACCUACUAUGAGCAAGCAAUCCUCUCGCACAUGUCCGCCUCGUCGAUCGCCUGGAUCGGAUCGAUCCAGGCGUUCCUCCUGAUGCUGAUCGGCGUCAUCACGGGCCCGCUCUUCGACGCAGGCUACUUCCAUCUGCUGCUGGGGACGGGGUCCUUCUUGAUCCCGUUCGGACUGAUGAUGACCAGUUUGGCCACCGAGUACUGGCAAUUCAUGCUUGCGCAGGGUAUCUGUAUCGGGCUUGGGUCUGGCUGUCUGUUCGUGCCUUCCGUCGCGAUCUUGCCUCAAUAUUUCCGCCGGAAAAGAGGCCUUGCGAACGGCAUCGCCGCGUCCGGGAGCAGCAUCGGCGGCGUCAUCUAUCCCAUCAUGUUUGAUAGGCUGCAGCGGGAGGUUGGCUUUCCAUGGGCGACACGGAUCCUGGGCUUCGUGUGUCUGGGGACCUGUUGCGUCUCGCUCGCCGUGUUGCGGAUGCGGUUCAAGCCCAUGGAGAAACGGUCCUUGCUGCAGCUGUCUGCUUUCAAGGAGCUGCAAUUCGUGCUUUUCUGCAUUGGCAUCUUCCUGGGUUUCCUUGGCUUUUACAAUUAUCUGUACUACGUCCAGCCGUACGCGAUCCAGACCGGAAUUGUCAACGAAAACCUGGGGUUCUACCUCCUGCCGAUGCUCAACGCUGCCUCGACGUUCGGUCGAGUGAUGCCGAAUCUCCUCGCUGACUAUACGGGCCCUCUCAACAUGCUCACUCCUGCUGCGACAAUCACCAGCGUUCUGGCCUUCUGCUGGAUCGCGGUCCACAACACCCCCGGCAUUAUCGUGCUCUCGAUCCUGUACGGGUUCUUCUCCGGAGGAUUCGUCUCGUUGCCUCCUGUGGUGAUGAUGACCAUCACGAAGGAUAUGAGAACCUUUGGAACGCGGCUGGGCAUGUGUUUCACCCUCACGUCCUUUGCCUUGCUGGUGGGGACCCCAAUCGGCGGCGCCAUCCUCAGCAACUCGCACCGGUACCUGGGUGUCCAGCUCUUCUGCGCAUGCUGUUUGGUCAGCUGCUCCGGUAUUUUGGGUUCACUUCGGCUAAUCCGCAGUGGACUCAAGCUGCGCUUCCGCACUUGA